AUGUCCACCUUCAUCUUCCAACAGAACACGAUAGAAUCGACCAGGAGCUGGUCUGCAGCGCAUCGUCUUGAUACCGCAACAUGUCUGACAACCCUCGUGGACGCGGUCGCGGCGGUGGUGACCGCGGACGAGGUCGUGGAGGCCGUGGAUAUCGUGGGGGAGAUGGCCGAGGUUGCGGUCGCGGUGGAUUUGAAAUGCCCUUCCGCCCAGCUGACCGAGGCGGCUUCAGCGAUCGUGGUGGCGAUCGGGGCCGUGGCCGCGGUGGUUUCCGAGGCGAUGAGCGUGGUCGUGGUCGUGGGGGUCGUGGUGAUUUCCGGGGUCGUGGAGGCUUUCGUGGAGAUCGCGGCGGCGGAGGCAGAGGGGGCAGAGGCCCUGAGAUCUAUUGGUACGUCGACCACUCCUGCUUCUAAUGGGUGUACCCUUGCGGUAUACCUAUUCAGGGAGCCAGACUCAUCAAGGCGUGUUCAAUGCAGCUCCGGUCAACCUGUUCCUACCCCCGAUCCCAAUGUUGCCAAGGUCGAAGACAGUCUCGCGAAAGCCCUCAUCAGCCAAAAGACAAGCCAGGCAUAUCCUCAUCGCCCCGGAUAUGGUACUCAGGGCGAGGAGGUUACGCUCUAUGCCAAUUACUUGUCGUUGACCAACCUCGGCAAGCCAUUGUACAGAUACAUGAUCGAAAUUCAGAAGGGUUCGAAUGGUCGGGAGCCCCCAGCCGGCAAAAAGGCUAGACACAUCAUUGCCCUCUAUAUUGAGCAACACUUUGGCGCCCAGAAGGCCCAGAUUGCCACCGACUACCGAUCAACCAUCAUCUCCUACGUGGAUCUCAACCUUGCCGUCGACACCGUCCUGCCCGUGACGUACAAGGCCGAAGGCGAAGUGGAAUUCUCCGAGAAUCCUCCCGUGUACGACGUGCGAUGCUCCAACGUGCGCCCUCUUGACCCCGCCGAUCUGUUGAACUACAUAACAUCGACCAAUGCGGGUUUGUUGCUGGACACCAAGCCGGAGCUCAUCGCGGCCUUGAACAUUAUCAUGGGCCACCACCCCAAGACCUCUGAUAAGAUUGUCUCGGUGGGAGCCAACAAGCACUUUGGCAUUUCGGCCCCGUUCAUGGAUCGACAGGAUCUUACCGGUGGCCUCGAAGUGCUUCGUGGUUUCUUCGUCAGUGUGCGUGCUGCUACUGCCCGUGUGUUGCUGAACGUGCAGGUCAAGUACCUUGCUUGCUACAAGGAGGGUUCCCUGGCGAACGUCAUCACGGACUUCGAGAGGACCUUGGAUCGCCGUGCCCAGAAUUCCUUCGUCUGGUAUCUGGACAAGUUCGUGUCCCGCAUGCGCGUUCAAACGAACCAUAUCAAGCGCAAAUCUAAGAGUGGCAAGGAGCGCCCGCUCCCGGCCAAGACCAUUGCUGGUCUGGCCAACAAGAGCGAUGGUCGAUCGUCUGCGAACCCGCCCAUUGUGAGCGGAUAUGGUGCUGGUCCCGAGGGCGUGCAGUUCUUCCUCAACGCCCCAGGCGCUCAGUCGGCCCCUAAGACGCCCGCGAAGAAGGGCAAGAAGGCUCCUGCGGCAGGUCCAGCGCCGGCCGGACGAUACGUCACUGUGGCACAGUACUUCCGAGAGAACUACAAUAUGAAGCUUGAUCCGAAUUGGCCUGUGAUCAACGUCGGUUCCAAAGUCAACCCGACCUACGUCCCCGUCGAGGUUUGUCAAGUUCUGGCAGGCCAGCCAGUGACUAGCAAGCUGUCACCAGGUCAGACAUCGCAGAUGCUGAGCUUCGCCGUCAAGGGACGCAGUCCUGCCCAGAACGCCGAGUCGAUCGCGACGAACGGCGUGGACAUGUUGGGUCUCGGAAACUCGCUGAACUCGACUUUGUCGUCAUUUGGCGUCGGUGUGAACCCUGGUCUGAUCACCGUGCAAGCCCGUGUUCUCAAGGCACCCCAGGUUUUUUAUCAAGGUGACAGACCGAUUAAUCCUCUCGCGGGCUCUUGGAAUAUGAAGCAGAUUAAGUUCACUAAGCCUGGCCGGGUUACGAACUGGUCGUACUUUGUUCUUUCGGACCGCCGUAACCCCUGGUCUCCCCAGAUGGCCCAUCAGCAGGCGAUUCGCUUUGCCGGGGAGCUCUGCAAGAUGGGCAUUUCCAUAGAAGCACCCAAGAAGGGCGUUGUUUUGCGAGACCGUCCUUCCAGAUCCGAACUUGAAAAUGCUGUGGUGAAAUUGCAGAAGGACUACGGCAGACUCGAUCUUGUAUUGGGUGUCAUGUCCGGCAAGGACACCACAACCUACAAUAGCAUCAAGCAGGUCUGUGAUGUGAUUUGCGGCGUGAAGAACGUCAACGUGCAAGCCGCGAAGCUCGAGAGUGACCGAGGCUAUGAUCAAUACUGCGCCAACAGCAUGGGACUCUUCGGCGACGGCAAUACCAUGCUCGUCGGCAUGGACGUCACCCACCCUUCGCCCGGUUCAGCCAAGAGCGCGCCCUCUGUCGCUAGUAUCGUCGCCUCGGUCGACAAGGACCUUGCACAAUGGCCCGCGGAAAUCGUCGUGCAGAAAGCCGGCCAAGAAAUAAUCGACAAUUUAAAAACAAUGCUGAUAUCCCGCCUGAAGCUCUGGGCCACCCACAACGAAAACCAAUACCCAGAGAACAUCGUCGUCUACCGCGACGGCGUCAGCGAGGGCCAAUACAACCUCGUCAUCGACAAGGAACUCCCACAACUGAAAGAAGCCUGCAAGACGCUCUACCCCGAGCCCCUGCAAGCAAAGGGCCUGCCACGCAUGGCCAUCAUCAUCGUCGCCAAGCGCCACAACACCCGCUUCUACCCAACAGACAUCAACCGAUCGGACCGCUCAAACCCGCAGCCCGGCACGGUCGUCGACCGCGGCGUCUCCGAAGCCCGCCACUGGGACUUCUAUCUGCAAGCGCACUCCGCGCUGCAAGGAACCGCCAAACCGGCGCACUAUUUCACCGUCUGGGACGAGAUUUUCCACCCCAAAUUCCCCGCCAACCCGAAUGGUCAGGGUGCCGCGGAUGUCCUGCAGGACCUGACGCAUAAGAUGUGUUAUCUCUUUGGUCGCGCUACGAAGGCCGUGAGUGUUUGUCCGCCUGCUUAUUAUGCGGAUUUGGUCUGCACGCGCGCGAGAUGUUACCUUGCGGACGUUUUUGAUCCCUCCGCUUCGCCGGCUGGUAGCGUGGCUGGGGCUGAGAGUACGGAGUUGUCGAGCCUGCCUGGAGCGGAGAAUUGGAGGCCUAAUGAGGCUAUCAAGAACUCUAUGUUCUACAUCUAG